AUGCCUCGGGCGAGUUUGGCCGAAACCGGCGGCCUAAGGCCGCCCAGCGCCUGGGCACUCUUUAGCUCGUGGGUCGCUCGCGAGGGUCUCUCGGACACUGAAGCGGCUCGGUUUCGUGUGCGUGGCAAACGAAUGCUGCGGAAUCAGGCUGCCAUGAAGGUCAAGUGGAACCACAAAAAGAGCAAGGACGUUCGCGACCGUUUCAAGGCCCUGGCACACAAGGCCUACGAGGACAACCGUGCCAAGGCAGUGGCUUUCAGAACUGCCCAGAGCAGGGGUCACUUGCCACUCGAGCCGGAAGAGGAAGCUGCUCAGGGUGGUGCGGAGGCCGUGGCACUUGGACAGGAGCAGAGACUGGAGGCGGACUACGAGAGGAGCGAGCUGGCCAAGGACUCCUGGACCUGGACGUUGGGAGUGGCCGUUCGCGACUUGAAAGAGGUCGGCAGUGGGGUAACUGGGCACGUCUUUGUGGGGUCCUUCCAGGGCCAGCCGCUGGCCCUCAAGCUAGCCUUGGGUCGGGGACUGCGAGAUCCCAUGCAAAGGGCUGCUGCAGGCCAGCUCGACGUGUCGGAGGAGUUCGCCAUCCUGGGGGCAAUCGGCCAGCACCCGAACGUCGUGCGAGCCUUCGCCGUUCUCACCAGCUCCCUCGGAAGGCCAGCUCUGGUUCUCGAGAGGGCGACCGAGAGCCUGCACGACACGGCCCAGCGGCUCAAGGACGAGCGACUGGAAAGCACAGCCGGAAAG